AUGGCUAAUGCAGCAGAUCAACUAAGUGCUCUUCUCAUGGAGCAGCACGAACUAGUUUCUCAACUGGAACCUUUCCAAAGUGAGCUCUUUGUCUUGCUCGCAAAGCUGAAGGACCUGGGACUUGAAAAGAGCCAUGGCGAGAUCACCUCGUAUCUUGACUUCGCAGAGAAGCAACAUGGUGAAGCUAUUUUGGCCGAACAGAAGGAACUUGAAUUGGAGUUCUUGGGAAGCGAAGUUGAAUCAGAGAGUGGAGCUGACUCAGAUGGCGAGGCCCGCCCAGUUAAGGCGAAAGAUAAAUGGAACUCCAAGAUCAUCGCACAAGUCGAGAAGAUGAGUGCUACUAAAUUCCUGGGGUUCUGCGAAGAGCAGAGAUCCAUUGCCGGCAAUAUCUGGGGCUGCUCUGCCAACCUGCAAAGAAGCCUCAACCGUAUUAUCGACGGAGAAGGCGCUGAAGAGACAGAAAGUGACGACAACACCCCUGUUUAUGCCGACCCCAAACAAUCUGCAGCCUCUUCUUCGAAUGGUAGCUCAUCUGGUACAAACGAACUUCAAAAAGAGAUUGGCGUUGCUUAUUCAGAGAUUGAGGAACUCAAGUCGAAGAUCUUAGAUUUGGAGUCACAAAACCAAGUGUGCAAGGCAUCUAGCGAGAUUAUUCGGUCCGAAGAAUCUAGAAUCCUCAACCUGCAAAUUGAAGGCUUGAGAGCUGAUACCGAAAAGGCUAGGGCGGGCAGAGAAGAAGCCGAGUCAAAGCUGGAGGCAAAGACAACCGAGCUUGCAACCGCCAACCUGAAGAUCAGUACCCUCCAGAAGGAAUUGAAGAUGAAGCAGCCUCUGUUUGAUAUUGGCGUCAAAGUCCGCUGCGGCUUUCUUCAAUCCAUCAAGCGAGUCUGGUCCAGCGGCGAGUAUGUGACCACUAAUUCACCUAUCGAUCUCAAUGCCAUCUGGUCGAAGAACGAAGCUGUUCACCGAGGCAACUACGAAGCAGACAAAGCUUUGUUCGAUCUCAAGAUCUUGAAGAAAACCACCGAACAAGCCGAUUUCUAUUAUGCAUACCAGACUAGAGGGAUCUACGACCUCUCGGUUUGUCCGAAGGCCCUCGCACUUGUCAAUUAUCGAGGCACUUUGAUAGCUUGUGGUUUCCUCACCAAGUACUCCCACGACAGUACCGAAACCGACAAAGUCACCGAAAGCAAAUUUAAACACAGCAUGAAUUUAUGGCUUCCUAUCUUCUCUUCUGGGAACAUCGACAGAGAGAAGCAGGAGGCGUUCGAGAGAAAUACUGCGAUCAGCACCAGUUCCGAGGCCUUGAAGCGCAUCACCGAUGACACAGUCAAGAAGGAACGAACUCGCAUGUUCGGAUAGAGGAUCAUGCUUGGUCUCUUACCUAAUCUUUUGGUCUCCAUUGCACGUCUUCUGAUGUGCGUCUUGGCUAUCUGAUACUUGUGGUGGAGGAGAUUUUGGGAAGGGUUUG